AUGUCGCAACCGGUCAAUCCAUAUCUCUCGUUUGUUCAAAAUAUCGAUCCGGACAACACUUUGGAUGAUGGGCGAUCCUAUGUAGGCCGAGCAAGCCAUCAUCUUGACAAGCCUUCAGGACCAAAAAGCCAUGUAUUCAACCGCACCCCUUCAACAGGGCCUCCCACAUUGAAACCUCCGCCAGAAAACUAUGCUUCGCAAAAAACGCUUUUAAAGCGAAACGAAAAGCCUGCUUCCUCUCAAUACUCGUAUCCCACCUCCCAGUCUGCCUCUCAGUCUGUCUCUCAGCCUGUCUCUCAGACUGUCUCUCAGUCCACCUCUCAGCCCGCAUCUCCAGGAUCAAAAGGAUACCAGCGACAAAAGUACAAGGAGAGAGACAUGCAGAUGUCCAACUCUCGAUGGUCAGGACGUUCUCUCAUGACAGCCAACGCGAUGCCUGAAGAAUUCUUUCGUACCGCUAAGCCUGUCACAUCACCAUCUGUUGCAUCACCUGCACCCAACAACAAUCAGCGAAGUAACACACAGACACAACUCUCCCAGGCUCCUCUUGACAGACCUUUGGCACCAGGAUUUUCCUCGCGCAUGCCAGCUCACAUACCGGGACAUCCAUCUGCAUCUUCAUCUCAAAACCAAACCCAAGUGCAGAAUCAAGGCGGUAUUGUUGGUAGACCCAAGCAAGAGAAUGGAGGCAACCUUCGCACAGUCCAGCAGGCAGCCAACAAUGGACCAGACAGGGCAAUUUUAAUGAACCGGAGGCAAUCCAUGGAGCAGUCGACACCACCCUCAGUAUAUCAGCAGACCCAGGAUCAGGGCUUACGCGCCUCUCGAUGGAGCGCUGCGAGACAGGGAACAGAGGAGCCCAGCAUUGCAAGUAUGCCUUCAUUCAAUUCCGAGCGAGAUGAGCUGCGUACAGUCAUGUCGUCUUUCCCCACCGAGUUCGUCGCGGAAGGGCCACGGAUGGAACCAAAUGAAACGGGAGAAGGACCCGAAAUGGAGAUUGACACUAGGAGUGACGAUGCUUCUGGGGCUUCAAUGUCCUCAUUUACUACAGCCAACGACCACGUCUCUGGUCACAGGCCGAGAGAGUUCGCUUACAACAGCGGUCCGGGCAGCGGACCUAUUCCUGCAAUGACGCCCGUAGCACAAGAUCAUGGGAACCCUCUUUUCAUGCAAUAUCCAAUUGGCGAUGGAUGUCAUGUCGUGGUCGCGAUGUAUGUGGAGAAGGAUGCGCAGACGGCCCUAAGACGCUUCCCUAAUAUCCCAAGAGUACGUCAGUCAACGGGCCACCGUGUAAAGACAAUUGAUCAGGUGGUCGAGAUUUUUAGGGAGAACUUGGAGGAUGAGAAAGCUGACGCGACAGGAUGA